UAAAGUGAGUUGGUGUAAAAUGUUUUCAAGCAGACGCAGCAUUUUAAAAUUUCUAUGUCCUUUGUUUCUUUGCUGCUACAUCGCAGCGCGUCCAUCUUUUCGUCAUAAACGCAGCAUCUAUGGCUUAGACUCAACUGGUCCUUAUUUACCGCCUCCAUACGGGCCAGUACCAUUUGCUCCAUUUGGCUUGGGCUCUCCAUUUGCACAACCGCCUUUCGCUUUGCCCUAUCAUUCGUAUGCGCCACCGCCCUAUGCCGCACCGAAUUCAUAUCCUUUACCACCAUUUUAUCCGACGCAUCCCUAUCAGAAUCCAAUAUUUGCACCCUCAUUUCCGUCGCCACUAUAUCGGCCAUCACCAAUUUUCCCACCUGUCGUCGCACCUGCAGCACCGGUUGGUCCACCGCCAGCACCUAUCAUAGUGCCCGCAAAGACAGCUGCAGCAUUGAGUAUUGCUUCAAUAAUUCAUGCCUUCAUUGCCCGGAAAUUCUAUCCACCUGUGCUGCCAGUGCCCAUUCCUAGACCGGUGCCAUAUCCGGUCGCUGAGAGGAUACCAUUUCAACGCAUGCUCCUGUAA